AUGGGCGAAAUUAUUAGCGAAAGCUCGGUCGUCGAGUCCAAAAGGGAGGGUUCAACUAUGAAUGCUGAUGAGCUUCGUCUGGCUCAGAUGGGCCAUACGCAAGAGUUGAAGCGCCAUUUCAGUAUACUAUCACUGAUCGGUCUUGCAUCUACGACGACAAUCUCCUGGACGGGUCUUGGAUUGGGUAUUGUCACUGAGAUCAAUGCCGGUGGUCCAGGUGCCAUUAUCUACGGAUUUAUUCUUGUCACCAUCAUGCAAUCCUUUUUGGGUGCUUCACUGGCCGAAUUCGUGUCGAGUUACCCAACUGAGGGUGGCAUGUACCAUUGGAUUGCUGCUGUUGCGCCCAAGAAGUAUAGCGCGUUCUUGAGUUUCAUGACUGGUUGGUUGACUGUUUGUGGCUGGAUCUUUACUACUGCCUCGACCAAUUUGAUCUUCGCUCAAGUCGUCCAAGCUCUGUAUGCGCUUUACCACCCCGACAUGGCCUUCAAAACCUGGCAGACUUUCGUCAUCUACCAGAUCCUGAAUGCACUCACGGCUGCAGUGGUUCUAUUCGGAAACAAGAUCAUCCCAACACUCAACAAAUUCUCUCUAUUUUACCUCCAGAUCGGAUGGUUGGUCGUUCUUGUCACGGUGGUUGCAUGUGCACCCACCCAUCAAGACACCACGUUCGUCUUCAAGACCUGGAUCAAUAACACUGGCUGGAGCAACAAUGGUAUCUGCUUCAUCACCGGCCUCGUCAACCCACUGUAUAGUCUAGGUGGCCUCGACGGCGUCACCCAUAUCACCGAGGAAAUGCCAAACCCCUCCCGCAACGCCCCUCUAGCCAUCGCCAUCACCCUCUCCAUCGCCUUCAUCACCGGCCUAACCUACCUAAUCGGCCUCAUGUUCAGCGUCCAAGACUACGCCGCCCUCUCCACCACAAACACCGGCCUCCCCCUCGCCGAACUCUUCCACCAAGCAACCCAAUCCGCCGGCGGCGCCUUCGGCCUAACCUUCAUCCUCUUCAUCGCCCUAGGCCCUUGCGUCGUAUCCUCCCAACUCUCCACCUCCCGCGUCCUCUGGGCCUUCGCCCGCGACGGCGCCAUGCCAUUCUCCAACGUCUGGGGCCGCGUCAGCCAGCGCUUCGGCAUCCCCUUCAACGCACAGUUACUCGUCGGCGCUGCCAACGCCGUGCUAGGCUGUCUUUACCUGGGCAGCAGCACUGCGUUUAACAGUAUGCUUGGUGCGGCUGUGACGAUUAAUAAUGUAGCUUAUUUGAUUCCCAUUGCGACGAAUAUGCUCACGGGACGAUUGAAUAUGCAUAAGGGCACUUUUCAUAUGGGGAAGUGGGGGUGGUUGGUUAAUGGGGUUACUGUGGGGUGGUUGGUUUUUGCGAUUACCUUCUUCAGUUUUCCCUAUACUAUGCCGUUGACGGCGCAGAAUAUGAAUUAUACGUGUGUGGUCGUGGGGGGGCUACCGAUUUUGAUUUUGGGGUGGUGGUUUGUUGGGAGUAAGCAGUAUAAGGAGAAGAUUGCUAAUGCGAAGGAGGAGUGA